AUGGCAACAUCAUUGCCACAUGUAUCAAAAAUUCAAAAUCGCGAAGAUAUUCUCAAUAAAUUUCAAGCAAUAACAGCAUUAAAUAUUGAUGAUGCUAUUCAUUUUCUUGAUCAAUACAAUUGGAAACUUGACGAUAUUAUCAAUGAUUAUUAUAAUGGAAUAAACUUAAAACAAAAUUCUAAUCAGAAUCCAAGUUUGGGUAGAUUUUAUACUCAUGAUGAUUUUCUAGAAAAACAUAAUGAAGAUAGUGAUCGUCAUUAUGCUAUACUAUUGCAGUUAUAUGGUGAUACUGAUGAAUGGGCAAGACAACAACAGCCACAACAAAAACAACAACAACAACAAUCAAAAAACAUUAUUAAACAUACACCUAUUUAUCAUGAAAAACAACGUUUAAUGAGAUGUGGUCUUCAUUCAUUAAAUAAUCUUUUUCAAAUUCCAAAAUUAUUUACUCCACAUCAUUUAGAAAGUAUUGUACGAGAAUAUGAUAAAAGAAAAUUUUUUAAUGAUUAUCGAACAUUAUGGUUAGGAAAUUAUGAUUUAAGAAUAUUAAUUGAAGCUAUUAAUCGUUGUGGUUUUGAUGUACGACAAAUAAAUAUUUAUAAUGGUGAAUCAAUUUAUAAUCUUCCAUGGGAUUCAUAUUUUGGUUUAUUAAUUAAUUUAAAUGGUGAUCAUUGGUUUACAAUUAAAAAUCAUAAUGGAAUUUAUUAUAAUCUUGAUUCAACACUUCGAAAACCAAUACAAAUUGGACAAAAAGAACGUUUAAUACAAUAUUUAAUUGAUCUUAUACAUAAAACAAGAACUAUUUAUUUAUUUGUUGUAUCACAACAAAAUAAAUGA